AUGUCUGCAGCUACAGCCAACGGAUCAGUGAUGCCUCCAUACGUUGUUUAUAAGGCAGAGACCAUGUGGCGUCAAUGGGUCGAAGGAGGAUCUGAAAAUGCGCGGUUUAAUCGAACCAAAAGUGGUUGGUUCAAUUCAAUAACGUUUCUUGACUGGUUUAACACCAUAAUUGUGCCAUGGGCACGCAAACUAGAAGGUCCAAAGGUCGUGAUUGGGGAUAACCUUUCCAGCCACAUCAAUACGGAAGUCAUAGAAUUAUGUGAAAAAUAUAAUAUUCGAUUUGUGCUUCUGCCACCAAAUUCGACUCAUCUGACUCAACCGCUGGAUGUAGCUUUCUUUGGCCCCUUGAAAAAGGUUUGGCGAAAAUUUUUAACUACUUACAAGAUUGAAAAUCCGAAGCAAGCUGGGCUUAAUAAGACCCAUUUUCCACCUCUGCUUGCAAAGGUGAUGGAUGAAGUUAACAUGAAAAAGAAAGAAAAUAUCGUGAGUGGAUUCAGAGCUAAAAGUUAUCGUUCGAUUCAAUCCUCAACAAGUGUACAAAAAAAAUCCCGAAUGUCUUCCAAAUGA